AUGGACACAACUAAAGAAAAGAGAACAAUAAUGAUGCACGUCAGCGUUGGAGAUGUCUUCUUCCUGGUUUUCUGCUCCCUAGUUUCCUCGCCCUCUUAUGCAUACAUAUACGCGAAAUGGGGGAUAGUGAUGAUGACUGUCAUAAAGAUGGAGGGAGGAACUGAUCAUGACAUCCGCAUUCUGGACCUUCCUUCUGAAGAAGAAGAACAGCGGGACAAACCUCGAUCAGCGGCCCCCGAGCAGCCAAAGAAAGAGGAGUCCAAGACCCUCGAGACAGAGCCGAAAGGGCAAGUUUCAUCUGAAGACACAAAUGAAAAGGGUCCUGAGUUUGUGCGAAAGCACAUUUUAAACAAACACGGAGACAAAAUUGAAGAAGUUAAAAAAGAAGUUAUAUUCUUCAACAAUUUUUUAAUGGAUGCAAAGCGACCGUCACUCCCAGAGCUGAAGAUGCCUCCUCUGCCAGGCCCAGCAGGAGCCCCUCCCUAUCCCCCAAACCAGUACGGCGGAGGCAGAGGUAACUAUGACAACUUUCGUGGCGGAGGUGGUGGAGGUUACCUGGGAAAGCCACGCAACCUUAGGAUGUCACGAGGUGAUCCACGCAACAUCAUUGAGUAUCGUGACCUGGACGCUCCAGAAGAUGUGGACGACUUCUAG